UCAAUCAGUCAGCUAAGGAUGGCUGUCAUUUAGCGGGAAUUGAAACAGUGAAUUAUUUAUAAAAUUCUGUAAAUCGAUGGCUAAUUUGGACAACAAAAUUAUGUGUGACAGUUUCUAUUGAUCGAAUUUGUAAAAAUGUUUGAGUGGGCUUAUAGCGGAGCGAAUAAAGCCGUACCCAGAAAUGUGGGGCCCGAAUGUGCAUACUAUUUAUCACAUCGACGGCAAAUAAUUGAAUCUAUUAUUGUUACAACGAUCUGCAUUUACAUUUUAGUUAAAACUUAUCCUAAACUGAAUAUACCACUGGAAACCGAAUAUAUAAAGAGUGAUAGAGGCGGGAAGAGGUUGUUGGUUAUCCUGCUCACUCUGCUAUGGGGGAUGGAAAUAGGGUUCAAAUUUGCCUCUCGUACUGUUAUAUAUUUGUUGAAUCCUUGCCAUGUUACCACUUUAAUACAGAUCUAUUUACUGUCAGCCCCACCUAGCAAAACUGUCACUGCAUUGUUUCGCAUACAUUUGAACUUAUUGAACGGGCCCCUCUUAGCAUUUUUAUUUCCUGAAACAGCAUCAAGAACGAUAUUUGCAGAAGCUGCUUUGUACUGGAUACAACAUGGAAUGAUGUUUGUGAUACCAUAUUAUCUAUUGAGAAUUGGUGGUGUAUAUAAUGUAGAACCAUUUUGGGAUUUCAACUGGGCAAUAUUUAGUUAUUCAUUAAAUCUACUGUACCACUUCAUAGUGUUGCAGAUAAUUGCCAUUCCAGCACAAGUUAAUCUGAACCAUAUGCUAUGCCCAGCCAUCCUGGAUCCGUUCGAAGGGCCGUGGUAUCGGAUUGCAGCGGUAGUGCAUCAGGCGCUGCUUUGUCCUCUGCUCUGCAAACUAUUCUGCCUCGUCUCAGAGUUCUGCCUCACCAAAUUCCCCCUCACAAAAGUGAAAUCAGAAUUAAAAGACCAUCUCUACGACAUUGUAAAACAAAACACUCAAACUGAAGUCGAAAAUCUCAAGGAACCCGAACAUAAACACAUAGACUAGUAACAAACAGUUGAUAAAAUUUUCUCUUCACGGCUGUAAUCCCUUUCAGGGUAGCUAUUUUCUUAUACUAAAUUGCCUAUAGUAAAAACAAUAUAAUUGAUCGCGUCCAUUGAAUUUGGGUGUUAUGUAGUCAGUAAGGUAAAAACAAUAAUUACCUUUAGAUCAUCUCUUUAUGGUAGGUCCACAAGGACUUUAAUCAUAGUUUACGCGUCGUAAUAGUAUAAUAGCCAUAAAAGCAAUCUAGUCAAACGAUUUU